AAACAGUGAAACUAGUAAGAUGACUAGGGUGAGGGAGGGACAGAGAGAGAGGGAAUUCCUUUUCUCCAGAGAUUCUGCCUGACCCGCUGAGUUACAAUGCAAGGAAUGCAAGGGUUACUUGAAACUCAAGGUCAAUAUUCAAACCGCUGGGUUGUAAGCUGCCCAAGCGAAAUAUGAGGUGUUGUUCCUCCAAUUCACGGAUAGCUUACAACCUGAACAUCUCGACUCGAAACGUCACCUAUUCCUUUUCUCCAAAGAUGCAGCCUGACCCAUUAAUUUACUCCAGCAUUUAGUGUCUACCUCCUCUGGCAGCUCAUUCCACAUACCCACCUAUGUGACAAGGUUACCCCUCAGGUUCCUAUUAAUUCUUUCCGCUCUCACCCUUAAAUGAUUAACCAUGACGCCUAUUAUACUGCUCUAUGGCAAAGCAAUGUACAAACGUAAUGACGAGCUGAUCAAUAUAUAUCAUGACGUGGAAUGGGGUGCAGGAUGUAGUAGAUCAUUGAGAUACAAUUAAAGUUUGCAGUUACCAUGGUGGUGGUGGAAUUUCAAUUCCUUUAAUAAAAUAAAUAUAAUUAUGAUUAUAAAUGCUAUUGCUAGUGCAGCACAGUUGCACAGCUGCUAGAGCUGCUGCCUCAACCACAGAGACCCUGGAUCGAUCCUGAUCUUCGGUGUUAUCUGGUGCAUUGGUGGCAGCUUCCACAGAAAAUUGCACUUCAUAUAUUGCCCUGGAUGAUGGCGAGAGUGGCAGAAGAGUGAAGCACGGCACUGUUUAGUUUGGUUUAGUUCAGACAUACAACGCAGAAACAAGCCCUUCGAGUCCACACCGAGUCCACACCGACCAGCGAUCCCCGCACAUUAACAUUAUCCCCUGCACAUUAACACACUAGGGGCAAUUUUCACUAACACCAAGAUCUCGGAGAAAACCCACGCGGUCACAGGGAGACGGUACAGACAGCACCCGCAGUCGGGAUCAAACCCGGGUCCCCGGCGCUUGAAGUGCUGUAAGCCAGCAACUCUACCGUUGCGCCACUGUGACCGCCCUUUCUUUGUUGUUCACAUUGAUAAAUUUCAAUGCCAUUGCUCGAGUCCUCCAGACUGGUCCUAAUCUGAACAUGAUGCAAACUACAAGGGAAUGCGAGCAGGAAUUGCUGACAUUUCUGGCCCUGCCACAGAUCUGGAUUCUGUGAAUCACUCUACGGGGAACCGCAUGCUUUCUGAUUGAAAUAACAGCAAUACAUCAUUGUCCCUGGUAACUUCCUGCUAGCAACGUCGGGAGGGAAUGGAGGGUAGGAAACAAAAACAAAAGAAGAAAGAUUGUGAAGGAGAAUGAAAGAAAGAGAGAGCGUGGAAAAGGAAAAAAAAAAUAGAGAAAUAGUCCUCCCACACUCCAAUGACGUGCGGAUUUGAUGGAAGAGACGCAUCUACUGAAAGAAAGACUGCAAGCCAUCACCGAAAAAAGGAAAAUCCAAGAGAAGAUCACGGGACAACGGUUUGAAGUGGAAGAGGAGAAGCUGAAGCUAAAGCACUUAAAGUCAAAAGCUUUGAGAGAAAGAUGGCUUCUGGAAGGAGUGGCCAACUUAACUCCUCAAGAACAAGAGGCGAUAAGAACACAGCACCAGGAAGACCAGCUUCAAUCCAAGCAAAUGGAACAAACAAUUCUCAGGCUUGAAGGGGAAAUCAAAUCUCUUGAAAACCAAGAAACCCAGAUUUCAUAUAAUGAACAACUGUUACUGAAAAAACUGAAAGCAACAGAAAGAUCCACAGCAGAUAUAAUUAAGGCAGCUCACGCUGAGAGUGAUCAAGAUCGGAUGAAGUUUGUAAAUUCAGAAAUUUUAAACCCUGCCAACCAAUAUCAGUCUCAAAAACCACAGAGAACAAUAAAUCCAGAUGAUGAAAGACAAGACCCUGAGCAAUCUAAAGCAGCUUUGUUUGCAGUAGAAAUCAAUGUCCAAAGGGAUAUGAAGACAGGAGAAAGCACUGUUCUAUCGACUGUACCAGUGACGGUCGAUGAAAUGAGAAACAGCGGUGUGAAAGUCUACGAGGAUGGGACCAAAUCAGUGUAUGCUUUGUGUAGUGGCGAUGGACUGGUUCAGAAUGGCAUCAAUGCCAUGACUCAUGAGGAGGUGGAAGCAUUGUUACAAAAGGCUGGAGAGAAACAAGAUAGUGUUCCUGCGGCAUGCCAUUCCCCGGUUUACUCGAGUCCGUACAGCAGUCCCCACUACCCCAACAUGAUCAUCAAUGAGCGGGUGGAACCCGAGGCAAGGAUUCAGGAGAACACGAUUGAAGGUGGAAGAAUUGAGAUGCAUAACCCAGUGAAGGCACAAAUCUAUAGAAGCAAUGAUACCGAUGUGACCCAGGAAAAGAUUUUGCCCUGUUAUGCGCAGGCAAUGUUAACUCCUGCCCCUUCCUUAUCCAGCCCGAUGCCCAAUUUCUGGUCUCCUCGUUCCACCCAAACCCUGAGUCGACAAAGUUGUGAGUCGCCAUUGAAUGAAAAUCAAGUGAAUUCAAUGCAUCUUCCAUACCACCAGCCGAGGGACAAUCACCGCCAGGCUGUGUUUAUGAACUCAGAACUCAAUCAUAACGGCAGGCACUCUUCUGCCUCUGAAGAAACAGACAUCGGGUACAAUAUUUGCCAUUCCUUGCCUUCUACCGUUAACACUGAGGAACCCGUUACUAUGGUCUUCAUGGGCUACCACAAUGUCGAUGAUGAAAAUGAAACCAGCAAAGUCCUGGGCUUUGAAGGAGCCAUUCGAGCAGAACUGGUAAUGAUCAGCGAUGAUGAGGAGGAGGUGGCUCCAAUUCAAGCAAAUAGUCACACUGAUCCUGUAUUUCACCCAGCUACUCUUUCAACUGAGAAUGAGACCCAUAAAACCUCAUAUGCUGCCAUAACGCUAACUGCGGGAAAUAACUCUCUCCCAAGGAAAUCUGUUUUGAUCUCAGGUCAAGAUAAAAAUAAUUCUCCCUUCAGAAAUCAUUCUGAUGGCCAUUUGGAUAAAGAUGGAAUCCACAGUGAUGCCACGGUGUCAGCCUUAGGAACAAAAAUGGCCAUCCUAGGUAAAACAGUGAUGAUGUGAAGUGGAGCCUUUCAUCUGAAGCUUGGUCAAUACUUCAACCAGGAACUGUGGGAGGUAUUGUAGCUUCUUAAUUACAGGACAGCCAAGUGAAAACUACCAUCCAACAGAGUUGUUGUGCUUCAACUGCUCAUCUGCCACGUCUAUAUAUUACAAUUGUGACAUCCACUGCAUUUGUUUUACUCAUCAUUUACCCAAAUAUAACAAUGUUAUCAGAAUAUUUGUGUUUUAUGUUUGAACAGAAAAGCAAUAGUUGGUUCAAUUAGCCGUUGUAAAACUGCAUUGAUUUUUGUUAGUCUUUGAAAUUACUAUUCACUUGUGUUCUAUGUAAUCUUAAGUAAUAAAAUACUCCCGGCAACACUAUCUGUUC